CACAAACAAAAUAAAGGAAAAAAGAAAGUGAAAUUAUAAAAUUGGCACGACGACAUCGUAUAAUCUCGCUCAUCCACCAAACAAAUCAAAAUAGUUGAAAAUCAGUAUCAGUACAAAGAAAAAGAAUUAGUCUGAAAGUCCCAUCGAUCAAAAAAAAAAAAGUCUGAAAGUCCCUAUAUUUGUCUAAGAUUUAAUUCAGAUCUUUGCAAGGUGGGAUUUUUGAAUUUGUAAGAUCAAACCUCAUCAUGGUCUAUCACUCGAGUUUUGUUGAUGAUCAAGGAGUAACAAAAGCUUGUGGUUGUCCACUACUUUCAUUGAAAAGCCAUAUCAAGGGUCCUGCACCCGUUUCUGAUCAAGAAAGUACCGAUAUUGUUGAUGAAGCAAUCACCUUUUUUCGUGCCAAUGUGUUCUUCAGGAACUUUGACAUAAAGAGCCCAGCUGAUAAACUGCUCAUUUACUUGACGUACUAUAUUAACGUUGCUUUGAAGAGGCUUGAGGGUUGUAGAACCUUGGCUGAAGGUACGAAGGCGAUCAUCAAUUUGGGUCUUGAGGAGGUUCCCGUCCCUGGAGAAUCCAGUUUCCCAUUCCCUGGUCUCUUUACUCCUGCUAAAUCAUACCAGGAAGCCGUUUUAUUCAGAAAUUACCUGAAGCAGAUAAGAGAAGAGACAAGCGGGAGACUACUGAGCGUUGCUUAUCGACAUAAUGGCACUCCCAACAAAUGGUGGUUGGCAUUUGCUAAGCGGAAAUUCGUAAACAUUGUGGCGCUUUGAUUGGCUCGUUGCUCUAAAGUUUCCGAUGGAAAACCGAGAAAAUCAUCCAGUUGCAAAUCUGUAACAUUCUUCUUGCUGUGAAACCUGUCAAAGAAUGUAGACAAAAUUACCUCUUAAUUUCUUUAAAUCCUCAAUUCUUCUCGAUGUAGAAGGAAAUCUAUGAAUAGCUUUAUUAUAAUUGCUUGUGGAAAUUAAUACUUUGUACAUAGACUAUCAUAAGAUACUCGUUAAAUUA